CAUAGUGUAUGUACUACUUCAACAAGUAUUACAGUUUAGGAAGCUUCCUGUAUUCUACAGUAGGAAGAUUCCAUAGGUGAAUUUGGCACUCUGCUAACCUUUACUGAUGUUUCUACAACUGUUAGGACUCUGAUGUGUGUCUAGAGGAGCAUGUAGAGCAUUAAUCCCUUUGUAUCUGUUCUAACAAACACUUGUUGAAACUUGGAUACUGUUUGAGGCUCUUUAUUUGUUCCUGGAAUAAUAGAAACAUUUAGCAAUUCUUCAUUUUGGCCAUCUAGCUCCUAAAAAUUAGGAAAUUGUUUUUUAUUGGUUAUGAUAUUAAGGAGGAAGUAUGUAAUUGUACGUAUAAAAGUAUGUAUUGUAUUCAAUUUUUAAACAGAAAUUAUUGUUUCUUGAAGGCUUUUCAGCUGGAUUGGAUAAAAUUGGAAUUGAAGCAAAAUUACAAGAACUCUGUUUGAAGAACUUGAAUGAUUUGUCAUCUUUCAAUUUGAUCAGGAUGGACAAAGAAAAUAAUUUCAAGCCAACAGAGACCGGAAGAUUAAUGGCGUGGUAUUAUAUUGCAUUUGAUACAGUAAAGCAGUUUUUCAGAAUUAAAGGAACUGAAACUUUGAAGGAAUUGGUUACAAUGAUCUCCAACUGCGCAGAAUUUCUAGAUGUCAAGUUAAGAACAAAUGAGAAGAAAAUACUGAAUGCUCUGAAUAAAGACAAGGACAAAAUAACUAUCAGGUUUCCAAUGGAGGGGAGGAUAAAAACAAGAGAAAUGAAAGUAAACUGUCUUAUUCAGGCUCACCUAGGAUGCAUUCCUGUUCAAGACUUUACUUUGACACAAGAUAUUGGCAAAAUAUUUAGGAAUGGCAUAAGAGUUACUAGAUGGUUAUCUGACUUUUUGGCAUCAAGUAAAGACAACUUUUCUGCAUUAUUAAACUCUUUGAUUUUAGCUAAGUGUUUCAGGUGCAGACUUUGGGAAAAUUCACUUCACGUGUCUAAGCAAUUGGAAAAAAUUGGUGUGUCGUUGUCAAAUGCUAUGGUAAAUGCUGGGCUCACAUCAUUUAAAAAAAUACAAGACACAAAUGCAAGGGAACUUGAAUUGAUUUUAAACAGACAUCCUCCAUUUGGAAACCAGAUAAAAGAAUCUGUUUUGCACCUUCCUAAAUAUGAACUUAACAUUGAACAGCUUCCAAAAUACAGUGAUACAAUGGCUGAAAUUUUAGUAACCGUCGUAUUAACAAACUUUGAGCAGCUACAGACAAGGAGAACAGCGUCAGACUUUCACUAUGUUACAUUGGUUGUAGGAGAUGCUGACAAUCAAGUAAUUUUUAUUCAGAAAAUAAUGGAUUCUGUGCUGCUGAAAACUGGAAAUUGGAUGAAGAAAAUUGAAGUGAAAAGAGCUCUUAAAUCAGAUGAUAUUAGUAUAAAUUUAAUCAGUUCUGAUUAUGUUGGCCUUGAUAUACAGCAAACAUAUACCGCCUUUUACUUAACACCAAGAACAGUGGGAAGUAAAACAGUUAUAAAUAAACUGAAAGCUGAGUCUUCUGUUGAUACAUCUUGUGGCACAGCACAAAGUCUACCAGCAGCAAAAGUGGAUGCAGGAAGCAGAUCUAAAGAAGAAAAUACCUUAAAGAAAUACAGUAACAGAGAAUGUAACCAUCGCUGUAAAAAUAAAGAUGUGUGUGGACAUGACUGCUGUAAAACUGGAGUAUUUCCAAAGUCUGAGAUGAGUGGAGAUUCAAAGUUUAGUUUGUACCUGGCUGAUUUAAGGAGCAGGAACUCUACUUCAUCUGUACCCCCAGUAAAGCGGUUAAAGAUGCAGAUGUUAAAUCAGGCUCAAAAUGUGGAUCUCAAACAAUUUAGUUUUGCACCCAAAUCUUUGAUGCCAGCAUCAUCAAGGUCUGGCAAUAAAGAGUCAUUUUCAUCACAUUCAGUGGACCAGGUAGAUAGUUUUAAUAACUUAGGAAGAUCUCAAAAACAAUUUGAGUCCUGGGACUACAGAAAGAGUGAUGCUUUGGAUGUGAAUGCUGAACUGAAAGACGACGUUUGGGAUGAUCUUGAUGAUGAAGUAUUAGUAGUUGCUAGCAACCUUUUCAGUAGAGAAUUAGAUGAGCAUGAAACACUUCACAAGUACUCAACAAGUGAAGCCAUAAGUGACAUCUCAGAAGAUUCUUGCCUAUUACAAAGUGAUACCAGUAUUCAGAACUCAAUUCUCUCUGUGUUUAAUGGCUCAUCAAAAGUGGAAUUAUCUGUACAGAGUGGACAUGUAAAUACGUUCCCUUCUCAAGAAAACAAACAUUCAAAUCUUUCACAAGAGCUGGAAAAAAUACAAUGUUCUUCGAUUUCAAACAUAAUCCCAGACUCUUCUAAAUUCACUAGGAAAGAGAAUUUUUUUAUUUUCAUGAAGAAACAGAAAGAAGAAAUGGAACCUGGAUAUCUUCCUGAUGAUGAGACCAGUGAUGUCAAGCCUUUACUUGGACUACUUGAUGACAUAUUUUAAAAUAGAAUAUAUUGUAAGUGUUUAAAAAAAACCAAACUUAUUUUUCCAAAAUUUCAGAUACUGUUAAGAAUUUCUUCUCUGUUUUGCAGCUAUUUACCAGUAGUGGGAUUACUGUUAUACAGAAGAUCAUUACAUAUUAAAAAAAAAAAAAAAAGUUGAUGUUUAUUUAAUGGAAUUUUGGGUAUAUUAUCUUAUUUUGAAAAUUGCUUACAUUUUCAUUUGUUGACCUCACUGCUUUCAGGAUUGAAAAGAAAAAACGUAGGAAUGUAUCAGAGGAGUUCUCAUGCUGACGAUGUUUCUAUAGAUAAAGUAAAAAUCAUAUAAGAAAUAGUAAGCUAUUAAUUACAUGUCAUGCUCCUAAGUACCAUUUAAAUGAAUGAAAAACUGUUUCCUCAGAAAUUUCUUAAAGCUUUUUUAUUUUGUUUGUCAGUUUUUUAAUGCUGAAUUUUUCUGAUUCUGUUAAAUAGUUAGAUUUAAAACAAAGAGUAGUGGAAUAGUAAGUUACUGUAGGCUAUUACUCCUUCUGAUAGUACUACCAGCUUGUUAGGAAAAAAAGAAGUGCAAUUUCCAUCAUAUUAGUGUCUUUCCUAGAUCUCAACAAAACAGUUAUUUAAUGUCUAUAAAAAUUAUUCUAAAGCUGUAUUUAACUGUUCACUUUGAUACUUGAGCUCAUAAAAAAGACCUGUAUGUAUCUCAAUACAAACAAAUGUUCAUUGGGUAGAAAAAUAUGAUAUUCUCUUCGUAUGGAUUUUAGGCAAUAUUAUAUUUCAAUGUUAAUUAUUCAAAAUGUGUGAAAGUUUUAAAAUAGCACAAGGAACCUUAGCUGUUCUUUGCAACGUUGCUUGCAGUGCAACCAAACACAACCAUGUUUCACUCCCAUACAUGAUUCUAUAUUUCUUAGCUAAUAAUAUGUUACAUAUAUAAAAAUCCCUCUUUCUCCAUAAGAAAGAAUGACCAAGUACAAGCAGCCUCACACUCAAACAAUACGUGUUUCUGACUGUGCAGUUUCCAGCAGUCCCAAUCUUUUAACGCACUUUGGUACACCUCCAUGAUUUAAUUGCUGCCAGAAGACAGUUGUAUGUCAGAUCUCUCAUCAAAUCCUUCCUGCUCUCAACCCAGUAGUUGACUUUAUCUAGUCUGAAACUGAGAACAGUCUGAUACCAGAGUUAGGUAUGGAAAACACUAGUUUGUCUGUGACUCAGUUUCCUCAGAAUGAAACCCACGUGGGUGUAUCGUAUGGAAAUCAUUACACAUCCCAGAGGUGUUCCAGAUUGCAAUUGGAAACCAAAACCUAAUUUAUCCUCGUGUUCUUUUAGUCAUACACAAUAUUGUAAGUUGUAGUGGCACUGAAAAUGGCUUGUCAUGGUCUCUAGGUAGAAUUGAAAAGAUUAUCUUAAACUCUGAACAUAAACUUGAAUGCUAUUGUGCUUUGCUUUGAAUUCUGCACAAAGAUAAGUUCAGAGGAGUUAGCUGUCCCUAGAUAGCCUGAUUAUUGGCUCCCAGUGUAAAUUCUGGUAUUUAGUCCCUUUCAUGGCUUGAAAAAGUGGGUGGCAAUAACAAGAUCUUUUCAUUUUUAAGUUUUCUCUUAUUCCUUGACUGUUUUUAUGUUUCCUUUCUGCUAGAGCAGAACACAGCAGACUUGGCAUUCUCAUCUCCUUCUAAAUAAAUUACCACAGAUAUUUGUGAUGGAUCAGACCUAAAGCCAUCAACUACUUAAUAUCUAGGAUUAACUCUGAGUAUCCAUUUAUUAAGAAUUUGUGGGGGAUUGGAAAGAAAUGAAUUUAUUAAGAUCAUAAAUAACUUAUGUAAUCUUGGGAUGAUACAACUUGUGACUUUCGAAAACUUUGCUCAUAUACCAGUUGCACAGAUCUCACUUGCAAUCCAAAUGUGGUGGCACACACUGAACUGUUUACUGGUAGCCGUCAUGAAACUCCCCCUAAAGGUUCUGAACUUUGUGUCAGUGGCUGUAGUGGAAGUUGGUCAUGAUUAGAUUGUCAUAAAUAUGAAUAGAGCGUUUAUUUCUCUGUAUUAAGAAGCAUUUUUUCAGCUUGGAGAUGGUCUUUGACCCCAUUUCUACACUGAGAGUAUAUUUUUAUUUUUCUCUGUAAUAGUCUGGUAAUAUAUGUAAUGUCUAGAAUGCAACUGACCGUUGCUACUUUUGCUUCAUAUUUGGUAUAAUCUAAAUGAAAUUACUUAUUUCCAGCCUAGAUGAUAGGUUUAUGUUUAGAUUGUUAAUGCAGAGAAAGUUGUCCUUGCAGGUAUUUUAUUUGCUUGUUAAGGUUUUCCUCAGUGCAGUUCAGUAGUUAUUUUUUGAUUUCUUGAAGGUUCAGGCUGAUUAAUUUUCUGAUACUGCAUUUUUCCUUCUGUUGAUUUUAAAAGGCUUUAACUUCUAAUUUUAUCCACAGUCAGAACACAUGAUAAUAAACGCAUUUCAGUACUUUCAAGGCUUUUUGCAUAUGGUUUCUAAGAUCAGUUCCUGACUAUUUUUCGUAGGAAGCCAUCAUCCUAUAUAUCUUACUUGGAAAAUUACAAAAAUGUGCUAUUGUUACUGGCAACACUUCAGAAAAUACAUUCGAUACUGCAGUGUCUUUGUAAUAAUGUUGAACACUAAUGAAAAAACGUUAUUUCAAAGAUAAGUAGUUUAUUUGUUGUUGUUUAGCUUCCUUAUUCAUAUUAGCUUGAUGUCUCUUUAAAGUAUAAAUCACUUUCAGAAAACCAGUUUGGUAGUACAAGUGUUCACUGUCUCGAGAAGGAAUGAUUUUUUUCGUGUGGUAACAUUUGUUUUCUUACUGUUCCAUUUUUUCAAAUCAUAAUAGUUGGAAGAUCAAAACUGAUAACCAUAGUGUAUUUCCCUGGCAAUAACUGAAUUCAGAUACACAGUGACUUCACAACUUAUAUGGACAAAAAGAGCAAACUGACUGCAGAAUUAGAAACAUCUACUCAAGGUUGGAUUGUUUGUAUGGGCUUUUUUGUUGGAUUUUUUUUUCCCUUGGUAUUUUUUGUUUUAUUUUUAAAUUAAAACCUUCAAAUAAAAGUAACUCACAGUUACUGUACUACUGCUGUGUUUAGACCAACAGUCCCACUUAAGCAAGUCUUGCCCCAAAAGAUGUGCAUAGACAUAGCUAUUAAGGACUCUCUAAUUUUAGUCAUAUUAACUGAAUAAUCUAAAAGUCAUAAACCUUGUUUACCAGUAUGCCUUAGAAAGAGGCAGGCAGUGUCAGAAGAUGAUUCAGAUUGUAAGUGGGCUGAAUUACUCUCCAGUGGAACUCAUCAAAUUAUGUGAUGGUGAAAGUGACUACGUACAGUUAGCGUGGAAAAGCUGCUGUGCUGUAAAUUAAUAGUAAAUUAAAUAAAUAUUGCUUCUCUUGCAUAAAUGAGGUGCUUGGGCUCUUUUACCCCCAUAAGGAUGUUAUUUUUCUAUGUUGAAUAUCCUAUUUCUGGACAAAAGAUGGCUGUGCUCCAAUAAUUUUGCUGCAUGCAGCUUCCUUUCAGGGUCCUCGUUGAUGAUAAAGUAUACUAAUUAAAUUCGGUGUAGGAUUGUUUCAUUCAGCUGCUUCCCAUUGAUAAAAUACUGCCUUAAAUAAAAGUAUUGUUGAAGUAUGAAGGGAUCUUGUUAUUUUUUUAAUUCUGCAUAGUGUUGUAACAUUAAAUUAGUGACUUGAGUUUGAAUCAUUUGAAUUGUAUAAGUAAUUCUUUCAGAACGUCACUGAUUUUAGUCUGAGGAUGAUUC